GUCUAUUUGAACGGUGAGAAGCGGGCUCGCCUUCAUUCGAGAGGGAAACAAAGAGACCGAGAACAUCUCGCUCCGUUGGAUAGAAAAACUGGAAUAGCGACGUUUUCCGCAACAGGAUAGUUUGACAGUCACCCAAGAUUUUCGACAUGUCUCACAAGCAGAUCUACUACUCUGACAAAUACGACGAUGAAAAGUACGAGUACAGACAUGUAAUGCUACCUAAAGAGAUUGCAAAGCGUGUGCCCAAGACCCAUUUGAUGUCUGAGACCGAGUGGAGGAACCUGGGGGUCCAACAGAGCCAAGGAUGGGUGCAUUAUAUGAUCCACCAGCCAGAGCCGCACAUCCUGCUGUUCCGGCGUCCUUUGCCCACACAGAAGGCAUAAAGGAGAAGAUUCGCCGGGUCCUUGGAAGAUCAGUCUGACGUAUGUGCCACAGAUCAACUCAUCAGGAUUGGGAUCAUGCUGUCAAAUCAUGAUGUCUUGAGUGGUAGGUGACUUGGGAUAUGGGCUGAUCACGUUGGACCUGGAGAAGGACUUUUACAUCUAUGAACAGUGGUUGUGGAAUGGAGUAUGUGCUGAAGGAAAAAAAAAAAAUCACCGCCCUUCUCUUAGGGAAAAGACUUUUACUCACCAGAAACCUUCAAAUCAGCUCGCACUGUCCUUUUGACUUCACUUAUAUGUCAACUUGUUGAGCCUGCUUGGAUAUUCCAGCUUUGUAGAGCAAAGAUGAGUGGAAAUGUUCAAACAUUACAGAAGUGCAUUCUGAGUCAGGUUAGAUCACAGGUCAGACAUAAUAGCUUGAUGAUACAUUUGUCUAAGAAACAACAAACUGCGGUUUAAAGUGACAUGUUGCUGCUUGGUUUAAAUGACACUGUAAAUUGGCAUUUAACAAUUUUUUUCAUGUACAUGGAAGGCCGCAUCUAAAAGCCACUUAGCAUCAAGCUAUGAUCCCCUUUCAUUAUGAGCAUCUUAUAUCAGCUUCGACUUACCUAAAAACAAAUCUCUGUGAUGGAUCUGAUUGUUCUAGUGAGCUGCUCAGUAUUUAUGAAUGUGUUGCCCUAAAUGAAAUAAAUGUUAACUUUUAAAUCUUAUUAGUGUGGAUGUCUGGUUUGACAGUGAUCAAGAUUAACCACCACGUAUGAUUGCAGACAGACGCUCAGAAAUGUUUGAGACAAUGGGAAAGAAAAGGCUGAUGGUUAUGAAGGCAGGGUCAAAGAAUCCAUUACAUUGCUCUUGAAGAACAGAUUAUAAAAAUAAAAUGCUGCGAAGCCAAUUCACUUGGUGUGAAGUAUUUCAAAAGGCACUUGUUUGUAUUCACUUAGUACUGAAUACUUAAUCUCACUCUUUCUUCAUUUUUUACUGUCUCUCUCUUUUCCCACCAUGCACUGGGCUGCUUUUUGACAUUUAGGCUUGAGUAUACGUUGAAAACUUGUUUUGUGAACUUGUGCCUUAUUGUAAGUUUGUGUUUUAGCUCAUUUUGACAGAUCUUACAAUGACGUGUGUAUAAAACAAAAAAAGCCAACUUUCAGAAUGAUUAAAAGACUAAACAUGA